CGGCGGCACUUGAGCGGAAGCUGCGGCCGGCCGCACCCUCGAUGCUGCCCGUGCGCUCUGCCGUCGAGUCGGCUGCUCGCCUGCCUCGCGGCCCGGCUGGGCGCUGACCACGCCUCGCUGCUGCAGCGCACGCCCGCUCGCCUCGCCCAGCGGCCAUCCGCCGCCCUCUGCCCUCAUCUACGCCCGUCGCCGCCUGCCUUCGCUCCACCACCUCUCCCUCCUCUGCGCCGCCUCGUCCGCGCUCUCCCUCUCCCUCUCACCUCCACCCCUCUCGCCGCCUUCGCCAUGAACGCCUUCUACAGCGAGCUCGUCAAGCAGCCCCCGGUCGGCAUCCCGGGCAUCCCGCCGCACCUCAACCACCCCGAGCAGGUGACGCAGUUCGGCCAGACGGUGCUCUGGGUCGGCUUCGCCGGCAUGUCCGUCGGCGUGCUCGCCCUCUUCGCCACGACGUUCCGUGCGCAGUACCGCUACCGCCUGCUGCACGUCGCUGCCCUGCUCGUCAACAUCUUCGCCGCCAUCUCGUACUACGCCAUGGCCUCGGGCGUCGGCAAGGUGCUCGUCCACUCGCCCGGCCACCACUCGACCGUGCGCGAGGUCUUCUAUGCCCGCUACAUCGACUGGGCCUUCACGACGCCGCUGCUGCUCCUCGACCUCACGCUCGUCGCCGGCCUGCCCGCCGGAGAGAUCGCCAUUGCCAUCAUCGCCGACAUUGUCAUGAUCGUCACGGGCGCCAUUGGCGCGCUGCACCCGAGCCUCAAGUACCGCUGGGGCUUCUUCACCUUCUCCAUGCUCGCCUUUGUCUACGUGCUCUGGUCGCUCGUCGGCUCGGCCCGCUCGUCUGCCUUCCUGCGCCACCCCAAGGUCGGCAAGAUGUACAACGGCAUCUCGCUCGCCCUCAUUGUGCUCUGGAGCGCGUACCCGGUCGUCUGGGUGCUCGGCGAGGGUCUCGGCCGCGUCACGGCCGACACGGAGGUGCUGCUGUACGCCGUGCUUGACCUCUCGGCCAAGCCGGUGUGGGGCCUUGCGCUCCUGCUGGCCAUGCCCGACGAGGGCCACGUGCUGCUGCCCGAGUGGAUGGCCGCGCCCGGCGGCGCCCUCUCCGGCGGCGGCUACGGCAGCGUGCCGAGCGGCAACGACGCCUAAACGUCGAGCACCGAGCAUGCGGCGACUCAGCCAGUCUCGGGCCGUGAGAAGGCGCUUGCCUUUUGCGGCCUGGGCUGGGCGGUCGUCCACGUCCACUUCGCUACAUUGAACGUCUCUCUCGUGUGCAUUCCCCCUCUUACUCUUCAACCCCUUUUCAUGCCCGGUUCCCACUCGCUCUUGCCCACCUGCUGCGUCGAUCCUUUCGACGCUACGAUGCUGCUCCACCCCGUGUGCCUCGUGCGACGUCCAAUGAAAGAUCGAUCUCACGUUUGCUGCCC